AGGGGCGGAUGCUGCUGCCCACAGCGCCGCGUCGAAGUCCACUCUACUUUCCUAGGAGCUCGGCGCCUAGUAAACUAAACUGCAGAGGAUUCAGGAGGAAUUUGGAUGUUGGAGGACCUCUGUAAUUUCCCUCCGCCUCUUCGUAGACGCCGACAGACUCCAUUGCUCAGACGGCCAUUGACCGCGGUCGGUGCCCAGCCAGCGAAGCGGGAGCCAUGCCUGUCCCCGCUGGAUACCUCAGCGACUCCCGGGGCGCGGCCUUCGCAUCCUCGGCCUCGCUUAUCCCGCCGCCGCCGAUCAACACUCAGCAGCCCGGUGUUGUAACGUCGCUGCUAUAUAGCGGGUCCAAGUUCAGGGGCCACCAGAAGAGCAAAGGGAACUCUUAUGACGUGGAAGUUGUUUUGCAGCAUGUCACCAUGGAAGAUUCCUACUUGUGUGGCUACCUUAAAAUAAAAGGACUUACAGAGGAAUACCCAACUCUGACCACGUUCUUUGCCGGAGAGAUCAUCAGCAGAAAGAGGCCGUUUCUCACCCGGAAAUGGGACGCAGAUGAGGAUGUGGAUCGUAAACACUGGGGCAAGUUCCAGGCUUUCUACCAGUAUGCAAAGACAUUCAACUCAGAUGAUUUCGACUAUGAAGAUCUGAAAAACUCUGACUAUAUUUUCAUGAGGUGGAAGGAGCAGUUCCUGGUCCCUGACCACACAAUCAAAGACAUCAGCGGAGCUUCCUUUGCUGGAUUCUACUACAUCUGCUUCCAGAAAUCCACAGCAACAAUUGAGGGCUACUACUAUCACAGGAGCUCUGAAUGGUACCAGUCUCUAAACCUCACCCACGUUCCCGAGCACAGCGCAGCCAUCUAUGAGUUCCGGGUUGGCAGCGUCAGUCACCCGUUCGUCACUCAGACUUACCGCUGUGUGGGUGCUUAUGAGACAAAGGACACCAAGAAUCGUCCAUUUAAAGUUGCCCUGGAUGAGAAAGUUGAUGUCCUGAUCAAGGAUCCUGCAGGUUGGUGGCUGGUGGAGAAUGAGGAUAAGUGUCUGGCUUGGUUUCCUGCUCCGUACCUGGAGGUAUGCGAAGAAGAGGAAGAUGAUGACAACGGGUUCCAGCUGGGAGGUGCCCUGUACUGUGCUGUGAGGAGUUAUUCAACUAAGAAGGAUGACGAGGUAGCUGUGUCCAUUGGCUCUGUGGUGGAGGUGUUGAGGAAGUCUGACAACGGCUGGUGGCUUAUCAGAUUCAAUGGCAAGGCAGGUUACAUACCCUCCAUGUACCUGCAACCAUACAACAACCCUCGCGCAGGCCUCUACAGCUUGCAGAGAAAGCUACAUAGUUCCACCCUGAACCUGGCUACCAGCAGAGAACUUCAGUCUUCUUAUCCUCCAAGCAUCAACAAUGAAAAUACGCCACCACAAGACUCUGCAGGUCCAUCCAGAGGUGAGGCAGAUGUGCAUGGGAAUCUCCAAAAAUCAAGAUCCCUCGAUGUUCUUUCUGAGACCUGGUGCCAGACUGGUCUGCCAACCCAGGCUGAGCAAAACGCGGCAACCACAGAUGGCCGCGCUCGCAGCAUGAGCAACACAAGCACAGACUCCAGCUUCUCCAGCUUCUCCUCAGGCAGUGAAUCGUCCUCAAGUUUAAGAAAUGAUGCACAGCACCAGAAGAGCACUGGCCGACCUGCAGCCUCACACCAGUCUAAUGUCAGUGAAAGUGGUGGCAGCAGUGCUGAUCUCAGCCUCUCUGACCGUCGCGGCUCCAACACUAGCACUGACAGCACUGGAUCUGUUUCAGUUGCUCCCAGGGUGCCACCCAGACCCAAGACCGAGGAGAUCCUAAACCGCUGCACCACCAUGACCCGCAAGGCAGCUCUGGCCACCAAGACGCGGCUUCAGAUCCAGCCGGAGACCAUCCACAGCCGCUAG